UGGAUACAGAAGUUGAUGAAGAUGAAGUUCUUCCGGCUUUAUGCCACAGUCCUGCCGCACACCAGCAAAGCCGGGCGGGCCCGCUAGUUAAUAACCCAACACCGUCAACUACCCAGCUCGACGAUGAACUAAUCGCUGCGAGCGCAAGUGGAACCAGCACACUUUUCGAGCAUCGUCCAUCGAGUGAACCGGUUAGAAAUGAAGUUUCUGAGGAUACCCCGGCCCUUUCGCUUUGGGACCGCGCAUACAAUGCCCUCCAAGAAAGCCACCCGGACUUGGUCAAGGAGUAUGACUCGCUGCUGGAAACAGAGCUCAAAAAAUACCACCCAGAUUCUAGAGCCGUGGAGGCAUAUAUCGAGAUUACCGAAACGUCAGCAUGCAACACAUUAGCUCUCAAUCGUCGAUUGUCACGGAGGUAACAACUCGAUACAAUGAUCGCGAAGAGCUUGCAUGGCUUUGACCCGGAGAAGAAGCCCAACCGAGAAUUCAUACCGCGGGAGAAGAUUGCCCAAGCUGCGAAGCUGGCUAGCACGGUCAAAGAAUUCAUCGAGCAGGCUGUCAAGGGGUCCCCCGAAGCUUCCAUGGCAUGGGCAGGGGUGUGCAUUAUCCUUCCACUUCUUACAAAUCCUAUCAUUGCCGACGAAGCUAACAAGGACGGAUUCGCAUUUGUCACUUCUCGGAUGAGCUUUUGGUCCGCAAUGGAGCCACAGAUCCUUCGGCAUGGCAUAGGAUCCUCUAUCUCACCCGCUCUGACGGCCGAGGUUGAGAAUCACUUUGUGGCCCUGUAUCGAUACAUGCUCGAGUUUCAGAUCCGGACAGUCCUUCGAUUUUAUCGACAGGGCUUGAAACGCUACUUCGAGGAUAUCUGCUCACCCGGCAUUUGGACGGAACUCAUUGAAGCCAUUACCAAGCAGGAAAGCAUCUUCAAUCAGGACCUGCAAAAUAUCCACAACAUCAACACAGCAGCUAAGCAUUCACUAACAAUGGCUGGUCAAGACAAGUCAUUGAUGGGAUUGCAGAGUUUCAUUCGGGAUGUUGCAGAAGACAUCCACAAACUUGUGACUGAAAAGGAAAAAGAAUGUCUGCAACUUUUCCGUCUCACUGAAAACAGCAAGGACGUCACUUACGAAUGGUAUAAGAGCCGUGUUGAGGAUAGAGUGGAAAACACCUGCAAAUGGGUUCUUCAACACCAAAACUUCCAAACAUGGCUAGCUGCAGAGUCGGGACCACUUUUGAUAUCGGCGGACCCUGGAUGCGGGAAGUCCGUCUUGUCAAAGUAUCUUGUCGAUGGCUUCUUCCCAGAGGCUCCGAGUACAAGUUCCGCCGCUGUUUGUUACUUCUUCUUCAAGGAUGGCGACCAGAAUAGCGUCCGACAGGCACUCUGCGCUCUUCUUCAUCAAUUGUUUUCCCAAAGCAGGCACCUCGUCAAGCAUGCUAUGAAGCAAUACGAAAAAGACGGCACAGGCAUCAUCAACUCGACGGAGUCCCUGUGGAAAGUGCUUGUGCAAGCUGUACAAGACAAGGACGCAGGCCCAACAAUCCUGGUACUAGACGCUAUGGACGAAUGCAUCCAAAUCGAGUGCCAGGAUCUGUUACGCAGGAUUAGCAGUCUGUUUCGCUCGAGCUGGCCAUCUAGCUCCGGGCAAGAUCGGCUGAAGAUUCUCCUCACUAGCCGCCCAUACGACCAAAUUGUGGACAAGUUUCACUCUCUUACCGACUGGCUUCCGAAUGUUCGGAUUCCUGGAGAAGAAAGUUCCGAUCUCAUCAGUGAGGAGAUCAACCAUGUUAUCAGGGUUCGGGUCGAGCAGUUUGCCAGCAAGCAGAAACUUCGGCCAAAUGUCAAAGAAGCACUCCAGAACCAACUACUUGCCAUCCAGCAUCGCACAUAUCUUUGGGUUUAUCUAGUAUUCGAAUACUUAGAGGACGCAAAUCUCAAGAAGACACCAAAAGGGGUUGUCGAUGCCAUGAAACAACUUCCCAAGAACGUCAACGAGGCGUAUGAGCGGAUUCUCAGCAGGUCAAUGGAUCAGAAAAUGGCUCGAAAAGCCCUCUGCAUCAUACUUGCCGCUUAUCGGCCGCUGACUGUCUCGGAGAUGAACAUCGCCGUUAACAUCGACCCCACGUCGGAAUCGCUCGAAGAAUUGGACGAGGAUGAUGCCGACUUUGAAAAACGUCUGAGAACUAGCUGUGGCUUGUUCAUCUCUGUUCACCAUGGCAAAGUUUAUUUCUUGCACCAAACCGCCCGAGAGUUCCUACUAUCUGCAACCAACGCCGAGGACGGGCCAAAACCCCCCGAUCAGUCAAUAUGGAAAAACUCCUUUCGCAUGCCACAAGCACAUCAUGAGCUUCUCAGCUGCUGCGUUAUCUAUAUGAAGCUCACCGACGGGGACGGUUGCCUGCUUAAAGGGCCAUCUGAAGAGAUAAACUAUGAUCCAUUUUGGGACUAUUCGGCACUACACUGGCUUCGCCAUCUCGAAGAUGCUGGCGACAUACCGUGCGACGACGUGGUGGGACGUUUACUGCCUCGAUGUAAGGUGCAUUCGGAGGAAUUCGCGGCUACCUCUGAAUCGUCCUGCCUGCCAUGGGCUUGGAAGAGUCUCUGCAAAUACGAUUCACCUCUUCAAGUAGCGUCGCACCUCGAUGCGGAAACUGCUGUCACUUGGCUACUCGGCCUCGAUGAUCUCGACGUUGAGAGAGAGCGUGAUGACGGGCGGUGGCCGUCAAUCCAAUUGGCUAUUGUGGCAGGCCGUCCAGGCGUAGAUGGGUAUGAGUACAAAGUUCUGGAGAAGUUGCUCAAUAGGUUCCCUCAUGCUGCGGAAGAAUUGGGAAUGAAUCCUUUUCCAGAUGUGGAAAAUCGGAUCAUUUCCGAGACACGUUAUGGACCGUCUAUGCAGACCGCGCUGAUAUUGUUGGUUUCCCAUGGGCUGUUGAAAAAUACCUCUACCAGGAAAGAACUCGGUGUUCGGCUGUUGGACAGGGCUGUAAGGUGGAAUAUGCCCGAUAGCGCAUCGUUACUCCUCGAAAAACGGUCUUCAGGAACUCAUAAAUUCGUACACGCUCCGAAGCUCAUCGACGUUGUACACCCCGCUGGGAUUCGCCAUUUACCUCCAAGCAACACCCAUGGUGACUUUUUUCUUGGACCGAGGUGCCAACAUAGAGAUGGGGACAAAACACGGAACUAGACCUCUUCAGUUGGCAUCCUGGGUCAAUUCUGA